AUGGAAUCUCGCAGGUUUUCGGCAGCGAUUGUCUGUAUUAUGACCGUUUUGGCAGGUUCAUACAGCAUUUUUGAACUCUUUCGAAUGUGAUGGGAAGUUUUGUUUCAGGCGCCAAGGAAUGCAGUAAUAAUCUUCAAGUUCCCUGUAUGCUUUUGCAGCGGUUUUGCAGCGCUUCUGGAUACGUUGCCUUCAUGAAUGAGUGAGGCUUAGGACAUUAAUGAAGCUCUGAUCAGGAACGCCAGAGUUGUCCCUAAAAGGGGCAACUUUACGAGCCCUUGAAGGGUUCUCUCUAGGAGCCACCUCACUUACGGAUUCCUGAGUGGUCUAUAAGGGCAAUCUUAAGGGGGCCCUUGGAGGCUCCUUUCUAUUUAUCACUUAACCAACCCCUAGGGGAGCUAAUAAAGCUUGCAAAAAUGACCUUUAUAGUGGACAUGCUAGUCGAUAACUGCUAAGAGGCAUUUCCAUGGUAAAUCUGAGCGAAGAGGCAAUUCCAUGGUAAAUCUGAACAAAUAAGCAUUUUUUAAAUGAAAGUGAAGGACCCCUAAAGGGUCCACUUGAGCUUUAGGGUCUCAGUGGCCAGACCCUAAACCCCUAUAGGGACAACUUUUUCGGCCCUUAUAGAGGCUGUAGAUCAAAAUUAGAGUUUUUAAUGAGAAAAAAAACUUAAAGACUCCUUUAGGGGCCACUCAAGCUUUAGGGGCUCAGGUCUAGGGUCCGACUUCAAACCUAAAUUUUUUACCCCGCUAGGGAGCACUAUUCUGUCCUCUAUAGGGGUUUUUUUGGGCUUAGGCUUAUUCUCUAGGGACAACUCUGGCGUUUCUAAGUGUUUUCUAUGAAUUUUUUUGAAUCCUUGGCAGUUUUCAAGCAAAUAUAUGGACUUUUUUUUAAAAUUAUAUUAUUUAUUUACAGGCGGAAAAAAAUAACAUGUACAAAAAAGAAAGAAAAAACUGGCAAUUAAGCCUGAAGUAAAUAGAUAAAUAAAAGGCAAUUGAGGCCCUCACGAGCCUCGACUGUUGAUUAUUGAAAUUAUUGAUUUUUUCCAAAAACGAAAAUUUCGUCAAAAAUUUUUGAGGCACUGCGCUUUCACCUGUGGCUUGUGCAAGGCGUGUGAAGGGAUCGAUCCGUCAAAGUGA